AUGGAGCGUAUUUGUGAGGGAGCGCUGACCCUUCGCCUCGCCGGCCCGACCUGUCCUUUGUGCUCCCUCACCCGGCCCCCCCGCCUCCGGGCUCAAACGUCCCGUCACAGAAAAGAACUGGGGGCCCUCGCCUUUCAUGACACCACUGCCAUUUUUCUCCCCCGCUCAACCUCCACCACCACGUCUCUUCACGCCCUCCCCGUCCCUUCUCUCCGUUUCGGGCUGGGCAGCAUCGUGCUUUGGGGAAAGGGGGGGGUGGAGCAUUUAUAUCGUUGCCUGGGAAUGAAGACCCCGUGGCCCCCUUUGUGCGCACAGAGGGCGGGGCACAUUUGGGGUGCUGGGGUUGGCCUUUGUUCCAGCCGGAGUGGUGGGCUUCAGUUCCCACAAGAAUCCCCCUUGCAGCCCACCCCAAAAAGCACCCCGUGA